AUGUUUAUUUUAGUUUCAUAUUCAUUAAAUUGUUUUGUAUGUGAUUCAAAAGAAGAGGAAUAUUGUCCAGAAACAUGGACACGUAAAGAUAUACUUCCUAUUGAAUGUGGAGGACCUGAUGGUGUACAAAACGCUCGAUUUUGUAUCAAGACUAUUGCGGUUUUUGGAGGUGUUGAAAUAGUACAAAGCUUUCAUUUAUCUAUUGGAAAUUUAUUUACAAAUCGUAUUGAAAAUUAUAAUAUUAUAAAUGGUUUUGAAUAUGAAGCAAUAUUAGCAGAUAAUUUUCUUAUUUUACUUAAACCAACACCUCGUAUUAUAAUUGAUUUUUGA